GUCCCCGCCGGGCUUUGAGCAGCCACAGCCGCGUUCUCGCUUCAACAGUGCUUGAACGGAACCGGCUGCUCCCGGCUCUUCGUCCACCCCGGCCGUCCAUCCGUCCAUCCCGCCGCUCCCAAAUCCGUCCGUCCACCCGUCCCGCCAUGGACUCCCAGAUCCGCCAGAAUUACCACCGCGACUGCGAAGCCGCCGUCAACCGCAUGGCCAACAUGGAGCUCCACGCCUCCUACGUCUACCUCUCUAUGGGGUUUUACUUCGAGAGGGACGACGUGGCCCUGUCGCGGCUGGCCCGGUUUUUCCUGGAGCAGUCGCGGGAGGAGCGGGAACAUGCUGAGGGGCUCCUGCGCUUCCAGACGCGCCGCGGGGGCCGUGUUCUCCUGCAGGACAUCAAGAAACCGGAGCGGGACACCUGGGGGUCGGCGCUGGAGGCAGUGGAAGCAGCGCUGCAGCUGGAGAAGUCGGUGAACCAGGCGCUGCUGGACCUGCACGGCCUGGCUGCUGAGAAGGGAGACCCCCAUCUUUGUGACUUCCUGGAGUCCCACUACCUGGACGAGCAAGUGAAGGCCAUCAAGGUGCUGGGGGACCAUGCCACCAACCUGCGACGCCUCACUGGUGGGGCCACUGGGCCUGGAGUGGCCUCGGCCGGCCUCAGCGAGUACCUGUUUGACCGUUUGAGCUUGGAGGAGCGCAGCUGAACCUCCCCCCACCUUCGCCUCUAUGGGCAGCCCCCAGGACCAUCUUCCUGGGCCCCCCAGACCCUUGUAACCCCUCUGCCCCAUCCAAGGGGGCUCUGCCUGCUGGGCCCUCCCAGCACGAUUCCAAUAAAAGGUCUGUCUUUAGCUCC